AUAACACCUAUGUGCUGUCCCACUACAAGACGGAGCUGUGUAAGAAACCUCCUCGCCUGUGCCGUCAGGGAUACGCCUGUCCGUAUUACCACAACAGCAAAGACAGGCGGCGCAGCCCACACAAGUACACAUACAGGUGCGUUCUGCAGCAGAAAGGUGUAGAAGUGAAUAAAUGUGGUUUUCUUUUGUCCCAGAUCUACAGAUCCACUAAAUGUAAUGACAUGCAGCAGUGUGGCAGCUGUCCCAGAGGACCCUUCUGUGCCUUCGCUCAUGUUGAAAAGCCUUUUGUUCAUGAAGAACCAUCAUUCCCCAGCUCCCCUCCUCUCCAGAGACCCUCAGACCUCCAGUCCAGCCAGGAGGGUUCUCUGAGCCCCAUCAGUCACAGCAUAAGGCCUGGGCCUUGUUCCUCAUCAGAGCUCUUCUCCCCCUCUGCUGCAUGCUGCGCUGCAGAGCAGGGGCUGCUGGGUAGUGUUUUAUCUCUGUGUGAGGAUGCCAGAGGAGGACCAGACCCUCUGUCUCCCUGGGUGGGGGGCGGGGGGUACGGGAGGGCACCUGGAUUUGAGCGGGAAGAUCAGGCCAAACAGCGGAGUUUUUCCUUCGAGCAGCGCAGCAGAGAGUUUUCAACAACACAAAGCAAACAGGACUUGUUGGUGUUCCUGCCUGUCGGCAGCCCGUUAAGUCUGUCCUCCAGCAUCCCUUCCAGUCUGGCAGCUACGCCCCCCAGCCCCGCCCCCCUGGGACCGCUGGGCUCCAGCAUCACAUCAGGCAUGAACGCCAACGCCCUGCCCUUCUACCCCACCAGUGAGACAGUGGAGUCAGUCGUUGAGUCCGCCCUGGAUGAUCUGGAUCUGAACGACUUUGGUGUGUCUGCUUUGGAGAAGAGCUUAGAGAGCAGUGUGGGAGUCAUGCUAGGAGGCAGCCAGCUGCAGAGUUCUGCUCCAGUCAACAUCCCAGGCUCCUUCAGCAGCUCUGCUCCCUUCAGUUCCCCAUCUCCCUCCCCCCCAGUCCGACCCCAGGCCUCACCUUUCUUCUCCACUCACCUGUCUCAGCCUCAGUCAGAGAGCCCCUUCCUGGGACCGUCCCACAGCUCCUUAGGUUUGAAUGGUAUGAGCACAAACAUCUGGGAGCACUUCCCGUCUGAGCAGGGUUCUCCUGGCACGCCCCCGGCCCUGCUCUCCUCCGGCCCCUGUGCAGAGAGCGGCCGGCUCAGGCAGGAGCUGGAGGACGCUCACAGGGCCUUGAAGCAGUGGGGUCACAGCUGGAGGCGCACAGCUCAGGUGGUGUACAGGAAACAGAGACAGUGCUGUGUGACUUGUGGAGAGCAGGGCCUGGUAGCGCUCCCCUGUGGCCACGGACUUCAGUGCCAGAGCUGCUCCUCGUCCACGGAGUGCCCACUCUGCCCUGAACACCCCCCCAAACAGCAGCUCUCCUGACCUCCUGACAGCUCCCAGACCAGUCAGUCCUGAUUCCACACUCUACCAGCUCUGGAUCCAGACAACACAAGCACUGAUUUAUGGUGUACUUUUUAAAAUGGCAUUAACAGAGGAAUGAGCAGCUUAGUGGGAAUUACUCACUAAGUUAAAGCUCUUAUUGUGGAAAUUAAUGUUACCAAUGUUACCCAACAAAAACAAAAACUUUCUGUUAGUUAGUGCACCUGACUUGUGAGCAUUAUCUUUUUACUGUUUUUUUCUCACUUUAAUUAUGAAUAAUUUACAUAACUAGUUUUAAAUAAUGUAUUUCAGAAGUUGAAUACUUCAGAGACAAUAUUUCCCUGCAGUGUCACGGUCCAUGUUGGUAGUUUGGUGAUUUGCUGAGGGUUAAAGGACUCUUUGAUUUCUGUGGUAUUAAAACUUCACCGUUCAUUUUCCAGCAGAAAUGACCCAAACUGAGCUCUGCUGUGUUUUAACCCUCAGGACAAAGUGAUGUGGUCCUGACUUCAGCUGGUGUAGAACCUCCUGGAUGGAUCAUUGACACAACAGAUAAUCAGUUUUUUACAUGUAUUUUUCAAAGUUUGAAGCCAUUGUGGGCUUAAAAAACCAAUAAGACACUUGAGAAACACUUAAAGGGCAUAUUUAGUCUCAUCUAGACAAUAAUUACUGCUACAGCCAAAAAGACACAUUACAUCAUCAUCCUGAUAGGAGCUUUUUAAUGUUAUAUUGACUUCUUUCACUCAGUUAGAUUUCUUUUGUCACAGUUUUAGCAAAGGGAUAUUUAAAAAGUCAAUGAUUAAUAUAGUUUAGAUAAUAUUUGUUUAAAUUUACAGCCAGUGGCCACAGUGUAAAACCCUCAGGUUUCUCUCAUUUUCCUCUGCAUGAACUGAGGCCAACAUACUCAGCUUGUGUUUAUUUUAUUCUUUUCCUCAACAACUGUCACGUCAACACAACCAGAAAACGCUCAACAAAAGCAUUUGUUAAAGAGCUUAUAAGCUAUUUUUAAAUCAACAUGUGACAGGUUUCUCUGCCAAAUCUUUACAUUGGUGGUAAUAUUUCACUCAGUGUAUAAUAUCUCUUUCAUAUAUAUUACAUACAAAUGUAUACACAAAGCAAACUGAUGUUCUACUUUCUCUUGCACUGAUUAGCCUAAAAGCAUCAGUUGUGUAAAUGUUUCAGUGGAGGUGUGAAAGUGUUGCUGAUCACUGUGUUGGUCUUUGGUAAACCCAUGCUCUGCAGCGCCACUGUUUCCUUCGGAGUGCUUUGUUCUCUUUGUUCUCUUUGUUCUCUUUGUUUUUGGUACUGAUCAUUAAAACAAAUUGUAUAUUUUUGAAAGAA